AGCCUCGGCUCAGUCCUCAAUCCUCAGCGAGCUGUUUAAGUGUCGUGGUUUGAUAUUCUAAAUCAAAGUAAUAGAGUUCAAAAUGUCGGCCUCACCGAUCGCCAGGCAAGCGACCUCCAGCCAGACUAUCCCUUCUAGAAGGGUCCUGAUCUCUGAUCCAGCUCAGAUGCCUGAUGUAUAUUCCAGUACACCAGGGGGUACCAUCUAUUCCACCACUCCAGGAGGAACACGUAUAGUUUACGAUAGAUCUUUUAUGAUGUCCCUCCGUCAGUCGCCGAUAUCACAGACGCCACCCAAGUGUUCACUGCCGGCUGCUCUGUUAAAGAACCCACCGUCCUCUUCAAACUCUACCGCCACACCGGUGCAAAAACCGCGUUCAAAUUCCAUAUCCUUCGAUGAAUCACAAGAAACAUUCAGUAUGGAUCUCUAAUUAGUUUAAGUCUUGUAUUAGUUUUUAUUUUUUUUAAUUUUUCAAACAGAAUAACAGACUUCGGACUUAUGAUGUAAGCUCGUGCUUCACCCAAUUCAAAUUUAUCUAGUCAUAUGUAAAUGUAAUUGCAGGAUUUUAAAAUCUUACGAUAAGAUGCGUCUUAUAUGAUUUUUUAAAGAACUUUUACAUGAUUGUCUGUAUUCGACUUUGAAAUGAUAUUGUUAUGAUAAAAAAAUCUAGUGUUAAGUUUUAGGUUAUAACGCGCGACUGAAAUUAUAUUUUUUUCGGCGUUUGAAACGCAGUCCUUUGCCUUAAAAUGAAGGUCACAAUUUUUAAUGGAAUGGUUGUUGUUCUUUUUUUAAAAAUAAGAUAUAGUGUUGUUUUGUAAACAAAUUCAAAUCUAGAGUGUGUAAUAGCUAUAUUUGUUUUUAAAUUUCAAGCGGCAAAGGAUUUACUUAUAAAUUAUUAGGUUUAAUAUGCGUUUAACGCACAAAUACAUAUUUAGUGUCUCUGUAUUUCAGCAAAUGCCAUUAUAUUUAAAGAAGUUAAUAUUAAUAUGAUUUUACUUCUGAUAAUGGUCUUGCAAAAUAAGCAAUCUCAGUAUGAUUUGAGACAUUUCUUGUUAUAAGUGUUGUGGUUGGAAUUAAUCAUUUCUUUCAAUAUUAUUAGAAUAUUGGUAUUGUCUUUGUUUGAAAGUAAUUUUAGUAAACCAGAAUGGUUUAACUUGAUAUUCUUAUUGCCAGUUGCAAAAAAAAACUGUUUCAAUAAAAAAGUCGUAUUUUAAAAGUAAAAAAUAUUUGUAUUAGACUGUUAUGAAAAUUGUUAAUUAUGUGUAAAAAAAAAAACUAAUCCAAAGCAUUUACUUUUUCUUAGAGCUGAGACUUGUCAUCGCCAAAGUAAGAUAAGUUAUGAUAGUUGUUUAAUUAAUAACUUGUUAUUAUAAAAGCUUUUUAUUGGUUUUAAUGUUAAAAUCAAACGACUGCCAAUUAUUCAAAUAAACAAAAAUAAUAAAAUUA